AUGCCUUCCUUAUCGGCAGCAGAAGACUCCGCCAAGAGGAAGAAGGGAGGACCAGCCCCACACCUCAAGUCACGCUCUAAAAAUGCUCGUAAGCUCAAGAGGCAGGUCGAGGAUGCCGAGAUCACACGGCUCGAGCAGGGCGCCAACAACUUUGUCGAGCCAUCAGACUUGAAGCAGUUUAAUCAGCUGCCCUUGUCCGACCGAACACGACGAGGUCUCAAGAAGGCCGGCUAUACCGACAUGACUGGCAUUCAGGCCAAGUCACUUCCUCUAUCGCUCAAGGGCAAGGAUGUGCUCGGUGCAGCAAGAACUGGCUCCGGCAAGACCCUUGCAUUCUUAAUACCCGUUCUCGAAAUCCUCUACCGCAGAAAGUGGGGACCUUCUGAUGGUCUGGGAGCUCUUGUGAUCUCACCAACACGAGAACUUGCUAUCCAGAUCUUUGAGGUUCUCCGCAAGAUUGGUCCCUACCACACAUUCUCUGCCGGACUGGUCAUCGGUGGCAAGGACGUCAAGCAAGAAAAGGACCGCUUGUCACGAGUGAACAUCCUCGUGGCCACCCCAGGUCGUCUCCUGCAGCACAUGGACCAGACACUCGGUUUCGACACUUCCAACCUGCAGAUGCUGGUGCUCGACGAGGCGGAUCGUAUCCUUGACAUGGGUUUCUCGCGAACGCUCAAUGCCAUCGUUGAGAACCUUCCUCGCGACCGACAGACGAUGCUCUUCUCUGCAACACAGACAAAACGAGUCAAGGACCUUGCAAGACUGUCACUGCAAGAUGCAGAGUAUGUCGCCCUCGGUGAUGCGGAGAAGGAGGUAUCUACACCGAAAGGCUUGGAACAGCAUUACAUGCUUGUCGACUUGGAAAAGAAGCUCGACUUGCUCUUCUCAUUCAUUCGAACUCACACAAAGUGCAAGGCGCUUGUCUUCAUGUCGUCAUGUCGUCAGGUGCAGUUCGUUCACGAGACAUUCUGCAAGCUGCGUCCAGGUGUCAGUCUGAUGGCUUUGCACGGCAAGCAGAAGCAAGCCAAGCGUCUGCAGAUCUUCACGCAGUUCACCAAGACGCAGCAUGCGCUUCUCUUUGCCACCGACAUUGCUGCACGAGGUCUUGACUUCCCCGCCGUCGACUGGGUCAUUCAGCUGGAUGUGCCGGAGGACGUGGAUACGUAUAUCCAUCGUGUCGGUCGAACAGCACGCUACACUGCCAAGGGUAAUAGCUUGCUCUUGGUGCUCCCGAGCGAAGAGAAGGGCGUGCUCGAGGCUCUCGCUACCAAGAACAUCCCCAUUGGUCGCAUCAAGCCCAAGGAGAGCAAGACGCAAAGUAUCCAGAACCAGCUACAGGCUUUCGCAUUCCAGGAAGCACAGAUCAAGCACCUCGCCCAAAAGGCAUUCGUUUCGUACGUGCGAUCGAUCUACUUGCAGAAGAACAAGGAGAUCUUUGAUGUUACUGCUCUUCCUCUUGAGCCCUUUGCUGCCGCCCUUGGUCUUCCAGGUGCGCCCAAGGUCAAAUUUGUCAAGGAAGCGGCCAAAGCGAAGAAAGCUGCAGCGUACAAGGCCGCUCAACAGAACGACGGCAAGCAAAGCGAUCGUGGCUCUGAUGAUGAGGACGAUGAGGGCGCAGCAGACAAGAAUGGCAAGGUUCGAACCAAGUAUGAUCGCAUGUUUGAGCGCAAGAACCAAGACAUUCUUAGCGAGCAUUACGCCAAGCUCAUCGCCGACGACGCCUCUUCUGCGGAGAGCAGCGAAGAUGACUCGGAUGCAAGUAGGUCUGGAACUGAUUCGGAUGUCUCUUUAGAUGGCGAGCGUGACGAUGCUGAGGAGACGCGAUACGGUCGUUCUUGGGCACGGCGCAAGGAAGACCGCCUUGUCGGCAGUGACACUUCGGAUUCGGAAGUCGACUCGAACUCUGACGAUGAGGACAGUGACGGAGCUGCUAGAUUGCGCGUCUCCAAGUCCGGCGCUGCUGCCAAAGCUGGAUUCAAAGCUGCCGCUGAUACAGGAGAUGACUUGCUCACACUCAAGCGAGCUGAUCACGCCCUUGAGGAUGACAUGGAUGCCUACGGUAUAGGUGGAGACGAUGUGCCCAUCACUAUGGAGCAAGCCAAAGCAGAUGCCAGCGAGAAUCUUUCCAAGAGAAAGCUUGCCAUGGGUCAAAGCAAGAAAGCGCUCGCGCUUGCCGGCAAGCGUGGUAUCGGUGAGAAGCUCAUCUUCGACGAGGACGGCGAAGCACAUGCUCUGUACGAGUUGCAGGAUGAAGAGGCAUUCAAGAAACAGGGUGAUGCCAGGACACAGGCACAGCGGUGGGCGGAAGAGGAGCGCGAACGUAUGCAGGAGGCGGAUAUCAAGGACAAGGAACUGGCUAAGGAGAAGCGUCGCGAGAAGCGUCGACGUCAAAAGGAGCGCGAGAAAGCGCUUGAGCGAGGCGACGAUCUGGAUGACGAGGAGGAGGAGGAGGAGGAGGAGGAUGACAGCGAUGGUGAUGGUGAUGGCGAGGGUGGCAGAGCGGUACUUGCUCCCAUCGACAACCGAUCCGAUGGCUACGAGACGCCUGACUUUGAAAUCUCUUCUGAAGAAGAGGAGGAGGAGAGCAGCGACGACGAAGAGGUAUCACUUCAAGCCCCGGCUUCCAAGCGUCGCAGGACCGACAAGCCAACGAAGCAAGCACCUGCUACCAAGAAGAGCAAGCUCGAGCAGGAAGAAGAGUUGGCUCUCCGUCUUCUUGCCGGCGAUGGCUAG